AUGAAAAAACAUAAAAAAGAAUGGAGAACACAAUUAGAUUAUAUGGAAUUGGAUCAAAAUGGUAAAAUUCAAGCAGAAUAUGUAUGGAUUGAUGGAUCAAAUGAAUUACGUUCUAAAUCAAAAACACUUAGUAAGAGACCAGAUAGUAUUUCAGAUCUCGUAGAUUGGUAUUUUGAUGGAUCAUCAACAGGGCAAGCAAAAGGUCAUGAUUCAGAUGUAUAUUUACGUCCAGUUGCAUUUUAUCCGGACCCAUUUCGUCAAGGAAAUAAUAUUAUUGUUAUGACAGAGUGCUGGAAUGUAGACGGGACUCCAAAUAAAUCCAAUUAUCGUCAUAAGUGUUCAUUACUUUCUAAAAAAUACGAUAAACAUGAGCCUUGGUUUGGCAUGGAACAAGAAUAUACAUUUUUAGAUAAAUAUGGCUUACCAUAUGGAUGGCCUCGUGGGGGGUUUCCUGCAGCGCAGGGGCCAUAUUAUUGUGGUGUUGGAACAGGAAAAGUUUAUUGUCGAGAUAUUGUAGAAAUGCACUAUCGAAUGUGUCUUUAUGCAGGAAUCAAUAUAUCAGGUGUUAAUGCAGAAGUUAUGCCCUCUCAGUGGGAGUUCCAAAUCGGUCCAUGUAUUGGUGUUACUAUGGGAGAUGAUCUUUGGAUUGCAAGGUAUCUUUUAAUGCGAAUUGCGGAGGAAUUUGAUAUUAAAAUAUCUUUUCAUCCCAAACCUAUCAAAGAAUUCAAUGGCUCUGGAUGUCAUACGAAUUUUUCGUCUCUAGAGAUGAGAAAGGAGGGCGGUAUAGAGCAUAUUUUAGAAGCAAUUUCAAAACUUGAGAAAAAACAUAAAGAACAUAUUAAAGUUUACGGAGAUGAUAAUAUUUUGCGCCUCACUGGAACUCAUGAAACUGCUCAUAUUGAUAGCUUCACAUAUGGAGUUGCAAAUCGUUCUGCAAGUAUUCGUAUUCCGAGUAUAUGUGCAAAACAGGGUUAUGGGUAUUUUGAAGAUCGUCGACCAGCAUCCAAUGUGGAUCCAUAUCAAGUGUGUAGCAUUAUGAUGGAAACAAUUUUUUCAGACAAGGAAUGA